AUGUCACUUUCAAAGCCUGAAGUGGGUAAUGUAGAAACGUUCCCACCUCAGAAUGGAAUUUUCCAUGGCAGUUCGACUCGUAGUCCAGGGACAUCUGAGACAGCGACGACUAUCAAUGCCAGCGAUGCACUCAAAAAAGGCGAGCAUAUAAAGCGUCCAAUGAAUGCAUUCAUGGUAUGGUCUCGCGUGGAAAGACGACGCAUUUCCCAAGAAAAUCCAAAAAUGCACAACUCAGAGAUAAGCAAGAAGCUGGGCAUAAUGUGGAAAACCCUGGGAGAAAGCGAUAAACAACCGUAUAAAGAGGAAGCCAAGCGCUUGCGGGCAAAUCAUAUGAGUCAGCAUCCCGAUUAUAAGUACAGACCAAGACGCCGACAUAAGGCCGUAGAGAAGCAGAAGAAGACAGGGCCAGGCAUUAAUCCAUUUGAAAAAGCUGGAAUGACUGGAAAUGGUUUCAUUAAUCUGAGGCAUUCCAAUGCUGUUAGCACCGAAACUACGGUUUACAGAUCAUUUAAUGCCACAAAUACUCCUUCUCCCCUCAAUUUCUUCAAUCAUCCGAAUAGGUUUCAACAGCAUUACCAAGCUCCAUAUAAUCUUCAUCAGUUCCCUCAAAAUCCUUAUGAUGAAUAUAACCGAAACAGCAGGCAAACGUAUGAGGGGACCUAUAAUUCCGCCCAGUCUGGUUACUCUAGCACGAUCCCUUCAACCGCAGCUGCUACCUCUGCUCCGGCAUCAUUUUACCCACCAGGCUAUCAUCACACAACCGAAAAUGACAAUAAGACGGAGAUGAAUCCGUCUCACUUUUCCGUAGCGCCGGCCGCGGCUAGGUUUGCCAGUAGGGGUGCAGGAGACUAUUCCUUGCAAUCUUUUUGGAAAGAGAAGUUGCAAUCCACCACUGAAACAACUCAAAACAUUGGACAAAUCCCAAAUACAUGGAGACAAACUCUAGAUCCCUCAAAUGAGGCUCUUGGUAUUUAUGUUGGAAACUUACUUGCCCAGGGAUCCUAUCAACAAGAUACGGAGACAUCUUCAGCAUCAUCAUCAUCGGGGCAUGAUUAUCAGCACCAGCGGCGAUCUCUAAACCCACUUCUAGCAACCGGCCAACAUAUAAUCCCCCAAUCGACUAUCCCCCCACAGCCUUCUUCUGCAACACUUGCGAAUGAGAUUCAAGGCGAUUCCUUGUAUCCGGGGUUCACAAAUAUGGUAGUUGCUCCGCCUUCAAGAGAUAGUGCAGUUAAUGGGUUGAGGAGUGUCUACUCCCCAAGUCAUUCAUUUUAA